AUGGAGCUGAGGACAGACACCAGCCACAAGGAGAACGUGCCCCCCAGGCCUGCCACCCCCCUGAAGCCAGAUCAACAGAGAUUCCUGAAGAGCCUGGGCAAGGGCCCGGGCAAUGGACAUGGCCGGUGGGGGUCCCCAGGGUCAGCGCUGCCCGUCCAGACCAACCUGGCCAGCCCCCGCCUGGGCCGCGCCCUGACGGACACCACCAGCCACUUGGUCAAUUCAAGUUUCCGGCAGCAGAACAACCUGCAGCCCCUGGCCGGGAGGACUCGGGGCAGGGCCCGAGAGUUUGCCGUCCAGCAGAGCAACCUGAGCAUGAGUGGGACAGGCUUGGCUGAGCAUGGAAGCCACAGCGGUCCCCACGUCUGGGCUGGGGAAAGCCUCCGACCCCACAUGCUCGGCUGGGGCAGCCCCCUCCACAGCCAGCCGCUGGCUCACCUUACCCCCAGCCUGCGGUGGUUGCCGCUGCCAGCUACAGACACCCCCUGCCCAGACUUGAGGCCCGUGGCAGGCUUUGGCUCUCUAGAGGGGUCCCCCCAGCCAGGCCCCAGAUCCUGCAGUGGUCUGACCUCUGGGCCCAAGGGCCAGUCCCUCACCCUGGAGGACCUGGCUGUCCCUGCCCAGAGCCAGCUCCAGGCCCCAUCACAAGCUGCCAUCCACCAGCUGCUGGUGUCUGUGCAACGCCUGGAGCACCAGGUGGCCCGUCUUGGGCGGCAGGCCUCCCAGAAGCCCCCAGGCCCUGCAUGGCAGGACCCCCGGAACAACCAUGGCCAGGCACUCCCUGCCCGCCCCCAGCCCCGCCAGCCAGCUCUUGUUUCCUGGGGUGCAAGGAAGAGACCUCCCCGAGGUCUCAGAGACCCCACUGACAUCCCAGAGAUACACGGGAUCCCAGCAGACUCUGAGGCCAACAGGGAGCCAGUGUUGCCAGGCGCUGCCUUGGGGAUGCUGCCUGGGGAGCCCCUUGGCCCCGAGCAGGGAGGGAUUCCUGCUGACCCCCUCAGCCGAGGAGGAAACUUCUCCUCAGGGCCUACAUAUGUUGGGGGGCAGAGGGGGCUUCCCAGGCUCCCUGGAGGGGCAGGUAGCAGGGAGGCCAGGCUCUGUGCCUCAGCCUCCCCUCCUGCAGACCGGGGGGUCCUGCCUGGGCAGGAGGGAGGGCAGGGGGCCCUACAGGAGCAGGCCGACAGGAAGGAGGAGAAGACAGCUUCUUGGCUCCCCGAGGCCACACUAGUGCCAGGUGCCCUGCAGAACAAGGCCCGAAACAUGGAGACACUGGAGAUGGACACAGCCCGCCGGCAGCUGCUGUCCAGAUGUUUCCGAGCCUGGUGGCACUCGGUGCAGAGGCGGCGGGUGGUGGAGAAGGCAGAGGCUCUGCGCCGUUGGCAUCUGCUGCACAAGGGCCUACAGGUGCUGCGGGGGGCCCAGCAACUCCGGGAGGCCCAGCUGGAGGCAGCACAGCGGCGACAUACAAAGGCCCUGCUGGCCCAGAGUUUCCGAGAGUGGAAAGACCUGGCUGCGUGGCGGAAGCAGGGGCAGCCCCACAUCCAGGCCGGGUCAGGGCCCCCAGACUCUGGGGGAGGCCAGGGGCAGGGCCCCUUGGGAAGGAAGGCAGUGGGGGACCCUGCGCAGAGAAACAGCCUAGGGAGGCUGAGGGAGGAGGAGGGAGCUCCGCAGAUUCCCAAGUGGAGACCAGACGGCAGAGACGGGAGAGGCCAGAUCCUGCAGGCCUUGCAGCAACUGGCUGCCUUCCUCCUGUGGUGUCAUCAGAAGGGAUGGGCCAGGCAGGAGAGGGGGUUCACGGGAAAGGCUGCCCCGACCUCACCGAGGACUCAGCGGAUGGAACGGCCCACCCAGGCCCGGCGCCCUAGGGCUGCACACACAGACUGUGUGGCCCUACUGGGGACCUGGUGCCGGAGAGCCUGGCUCCGAAGGUGCUUUGCGGCUUGGCAACGGUUUGUGCAAAGAGGGGCUCGGUACCGGGACCACCUGGCUGACCGCCGGGUGGGGACCUUGAGGACGUGCCUGUGGCAGUGGGUGCAGAUGAAGCAGCUCCAGGCCUCAGACAGGGCGAAGGUGACCCAGCUGUCCCUCUGCCGACAGAAGGCAGGUAAGCGAGUGGCGGGCCGAGGGCCAGGCCCUCCCGCCCCAGCCGAGGGCACCCGUUCAGCCCUGGAGCUGCCCCAGGGGCAAGGACGGGGCUCCCUGCAGGAAGCCUGCCGGAGACUGGCCCUCCAACGGGCACUGCUGCUGUGGAGGACGCGGCUUUCCCAGCACCAGCGGGCAGACUCCUUCUUCCAGGGCAUGCAGCGGCGGAUCCUGCGGCGUGUCCUGAGGCGGUGGCACUGGAGGACGUGGCCGCAGUGCCCGCCAUCAGGCGGCGUCCAGAUCACCUCGGUCCCAGAGCCUCUGGGCAGCGUCCGCGGAAGGGAGGCCUUGCCAGGCUGCAGCACCCCCUGCGGCUCCUUGGAGAGGGCACCCCAGGACUCCACCCUCCUGGAGACCCUCUGGGUGACCUUCCUGCAGGCAGCUGGGCGGCGGCAGCAGGGGCAGUGCCUCCUGCUCUGGCAGGCGCGGGCUGGGCAGUUGCAGGGAGCAGCAAAGUGGUACCAGCGCAUCCUCCAGAGGCGCGUCCUCCUGAGCUGGAGCCACUGGGCAGCGGCCCAGGGUGCCCGGAGAGAGCUGGCCGCCCGCUGGGCCUGGUGCCGGAGCUGCAGGGCCGCGCUGGGCGUGUGGCGGCAGCGGCUGGCACAGUGGCGGAAGGCAGAGCACUGGGCCCGAGAGCGGAGCCGGACACUGGCACGAGGCUCCCUGCGCCACUGGCGCUCCUGCUGGCAGAGGCAGCAGUCCCUGCGUGAAAAGUACCAGCCGUGGGCGCAGGUCCAUCUCCAGGGCCUGCGGAGGGCUGCAUUCCAGAGCUGGCAGCGGGCGGCAGCUCAUCGGAGACACAGGGCAGCCAGGCAAGAGCGGCUGCUGCUGCAGAGGGUCCUGGAGGCCUGGGCCCGGGCAGUGGCCCAGGGCCAUGUCCAGCAAGCUGCUGUCGCCCAGCUCCGGCAGGCCAAGUGCAGGCGCCUCCUGCAGACCCACUGGGCCCAGUGGCGGGCAGCGCUGCUCAGGGUGCAGCUGGAACUGCGAGCCCCGGCAGAGGCGGCCCAGGAGGCCGUGGGGACCUGUACCAUCUGCCCCGGGCCUGGGCCUGACCUCAGGCACUGCCCAGGGAUGGCCACCAGGGGGCACCUCCUACUGCUGACGGACACCCCAGCUCCCUGGAAACAGACCGGCAGCUGCUGGACACAGGCCUCGGGACUCGUGGCCCCCAGGCCCCCACGGCUCCACAGCCUCAGCAGGCAGAGGACACACAGAGAACCGUCCUGGGCUCAGAGCGAGACAGAGCAGGACUUCCGGCUGCCCCCUGCCAGCUGCCAGCCUCCCCUGCACCAGGCCUUCGGGCUCUGGCUGCAGUGGUCUGUGCGCUGCGACUGGGCCUGGAGCCUGCCCCUCUGCGUGACAACAGGCGGGGACUGCAGUGCUGAGACCAGAGCCCUCCAAGGCCAAGCUGAGGCCCACCAGAGGCAGCUGGGUGCUCCUCCCCACAUGAUCCAGAAGCAACAGAAGCUCCGCCCUUUCCUCCUGGUCCUGGGGAAGGAAGUACCUCCGGCGCUGGCGCCUUGAGAUACUGCUUCGCCGGCUCCAGGGUCCCCAGCAGGCCAGGGUCCUGGCAGCGACCUGGCAGUGCUGGGUGGAUGCCCAGGAGACGGAGCAGCUGGCUCGGACACUGGUGAGGGGGCCCCUCCCCACCCCACAGCUGGAAGAGACCUCAGAGGCCAUGGGGCUCAGCCCUCCUGUAGUCCACUUCCUCAGGCAGUGGCAGCUGGGAUGGGCCUGGGGGGCAUGGCGGCGCCGGGUCCUGCAGCUGCGGGUGGCUCGGCGAGUACAGCAGCAAAACGAUGGGCCUUUGAGAAAUGGCACCAGCGCCUGGCAGCCAGGGGCCCAAGGAGAGGAGCCACAGGCAGCCCAAGGCCCCUGAGCAAGCUGGGCCCCAGGGGCCCCAGGAAUGGGCCGGAAGCUGCCCAAGCCCUGGGUAUGGUGGAGCUGGGAUGGGGCAGGGGGCCCAGCUGCAGUUGUUGACUUGUUCCCGGAGAAAAAAAGCAGAACUGAGCCCGGCCUUCCAUGGGGAAGGAACUGCACCCCACCCACCCCGCGAGUGAAGGCACUCAUCCCAUGGCGUGGUGACAGAGGGAACGGUUCCCAGCUGAAAUGGACAAUAAAAUG